CCUCGUUGCAUUUGUACAGUAUGGUGUCAAACACUUCUGCUAUGUCGGAUUUGUCUUUUUCCGGCACGUUGCAGGGUAUCUUGGGGAUAAGGCCAUUGGGUAUUCCCUCUGGUGAAUUGUUGAUGCUGUUGAGUGCUCCUUGGUGGCGAGCCUCUCAGUGGGUUGCUUUUCUUAGGUUCUCCAGCACAAUUCUGUCUGCUUUGGCUGUAGGCAGUUUGUUUGGCGUUCUUCGUGAUUUGAGGCCUAGAGUAUCCAUGAUGUUAGUUGGUUUCUUUGAUAUUUGGUAUGGCGUUAUCCUGGAUGUGUUUGUGUUGGUUCUACCCUUGGUUUUUGGUCUGCCAUUGGUUAGGGUGUGG